UGCGCGGUGGGCGGGGCCUCGGCGGGUCCAAGCGGAUCAGCUAGGGGCUCGCUGGGGCCGAGCUCUACUCACUACACAAUCCGUGGGGCGGCUCUCGAGCUGCACCAUCUACUUGGACCCGGGCCGCGGCGGCCGGGGCGAGGAGGGCACAGGGACGAGGCAAUGGCUCCGUGGGGACUCCCGGGGUCUGCUGCGCUCGCUGCUGCGGCGUUCGUGGGAGGCGCCGUGAGUUUGCCUCUGGUGGCCCCCGACAACACCGUCAGCCGCACGUUACGCUCCCGGGCAGAGACGACUCCAUCGUCACCUACCAACAACGCUGGGAACGGACACCCGGAGUACAUCGCGUAUGUGCUUGUCCCUGUGUUCUUCAUCAUGGGCCUCCUUGGGGUCCUCAUCUGUCACCUGCUUAAGAAGAAAGGCUACCGGUGUACAACAGAGGCUGAGCAGGAAGUUGAAGAGGAAAAGGUGGAAAAGAUAGAGUUGAAUGACAGUAUAAAUGAAAAUAGUGACACCGUCGGGCAGAUCGUCCACUACAUUAUGAAGAAUGAAGCGAAUGCAGACAUUUUGAAAGCUAUGGUGGCCGACAACAGCGUGGGUGAUGUUGAAAGCCCUGUCACUCCUAGCACCCCAGGAAGCCCGCCUGUGAGUCCUGGGCCCUUGUCACCAGGGGGCACCCCGGGGAAGCACGUCUGUGGCCACCAUCUGCACACAGUGGGAGGUGUUGUUGAGCGGGACGUGUGCCAGCGCUGCCGGCACAAACGAUGGCACUUCAUAAAACCUGCCAACAAGUCCAAAGAGGGCCGGCCGCGGCGCCAAGGGGAGGUCACCGUUCUCUCUGUGGGCAGGUUCAGAGUUACAAAAGUGGAGCACAGGUCAAACCAGAAGGAGCGGAGAAGCCUGAUGUCAGUCAGUGGGACUGAGAGUGUCAACGGGGACGUGCCUGUGACACCUGUGAAGAGAGAACGGAGUGACACGGAGUAGCAGCAAUGGCUUUUCUUGAAGAGUUCCAAGAGACUCCGACCUUGCAAGAUACGAAGUUGCCUGGGGAAUAUUUUUAUAUAUUUUAUACAGUUUGUAUCAUGAAGUCAACAGGCAUGCAGAUCAAAGCCAAAAGGGAAUAUUUUUGUUAUGUUGAACACAGAAUCCACUUUGCUCUGAAAGACGCUUAAAAGGUCUGAUGAAAAUUUCAGUCAGUUUCUUAGAGGGAAAGAAGUAAUUCUCUUACCCUUGCAGACCGUCCCCAGCCACCACGGUUCCCAGUGGCCCAUUCUGGGCUGUUCUGUAUACAAGAGGCUCCUCCCUUGGAAUUACAGCCUUGUGAACACUGUUUACAGCCUGACCUUUCCUGUAUGUUCAUGUCUGUUACCCGAGCCACAGAUCGCAUUUUGACCUUUGUAUACACACUUGGGCUGUUACAGAAGACUCUCGCCUGCAAAAGGGCCUUGGCAACAUCUAGUGGAGCCGCUCAGAAGUUGGUCCCCCAGGAGAUAAGGAAACAGAAAGAAGCACAGACACUCUAGACUUCAGAUUCCUGGACCAAGAAUUCAGCAUUGACUCCCGCUGCUAUCAGCCCACGCCUGUCACUCUUCUGUCAUUACCUUUUAUUUUUUUAAUUUAACUUACUAAAUAGUUCUCAUUUAGUCUACCUGAGUAAAAGGGAAAAUGGUUUAAAGUCACUCUAAAAAGUUUUGUUUUGUUUUGACAACCAGCAAGCGAAAGCAAGCACUCCUUUCUUAUGCAAAUGAGCCCCUGCUGAGACCUCUGCAGGGUUCACUCAGGGUCCUGUGGUUCCUCUUGUAACUAAUUCUCAGUCAUUAGGAAGAGUGCAAGUUCAAGGCCUGUAGGCUACAGAGACAGUUCAGGGGAUAGCCUAGGUGACUGAGCCAGACCCUAUCUCAAAACAAAGAAAGUGCAAAGGGCUAGGAUAUAGCUCUGUGGCAGAGCACUUUCCUGGU